ACGCGAUAAAAAUACUGUCAAUGUGACGUCCAAAGAGCUCGUUCUGGUCGUCCUGCACUUCUGAAGUCGGCGGAAAUAUUUACUUUUGGCUGUAGAAACUUCACUUUAAUUUAUUAGAACUUACAUAUUAAUUCAAGAUGAGUACGAUCCUGGAGAAAAUUGCUGCCAUCGAAUCCGAGAUGGCUCGAACUCAAAAAAAUAAGGCGACAGCAGGACAUUUGGGUUUGCUGAAGGCUCGACUGGCAAAACUGCGCCGUGAACUGAUCACCCCCAAAGGAGGCGGCGGUGCUUCUGUUGAAGGCUUCGAAGUUGCAAAAACUGGAGAUGCCAGAGUUGGCUUUGUGGGCUUCCCAUCUGUCGGCAAGUCAACUUUGCUAUCCAAUUUGGCUGGCGUUUACUCCGAAGUUGCCGCAUACGAGUUCACAACGCUCACAACUGUGCCGGGUUGUAUUAAGUAUAAGGGAGCGAAGAUUCAACUUCUGGAUUUGCCUGGAAUUAUUGAAGGUGCCAAGGACGGUAAAGGUCGAGGUCGGCAAGUUAUUGCUGUAGCACGAACCUGUAAUCUUAUAUUUAUGGUGCUGGAUGUACUGAAACCUUUGCAUCACAAGAAAUUGUUAGAGCAUGAAUUGGAAGGAUUCGGCAUUCGGUUGAACAAGAAACCUCCAAAUAUUCAUUUCCGAAAAAAGGAUAAAGGUGGUAUCAACUUAAACUGCACCGUCGCUCAGUCCGAAUUGGAUUUGGACACUGUUAAAUCCAUCCUUUCUGAAUAUAAAAUCCAUAAUGCCGAUAUCACCCUCCGCUACGAUGCUACAAGUGACGAUUUAAUUGACGUUAUUGAAGGAAAUCGAAUUUACAUCCCAUGUAUCUAUCUUCUAAAUAAAAUUGAUCAAAUUACCAUCGAAGAAUUGGAUGUUAUUUACAAGAUUCCGCAUUGCGUCCCAAUAUCAGCCCAUCAUCGGUGGAACUUUGACGAUUUAUUGGAAAUGAUGUGGGAAUACUUAAAAUUAGUGCGAAUCUACACCAAACCCAAGGGACAGUUGCCGGAUUACAGCUCGCCUAUCGUGUUACAUAGCGAACAUACAAGUAUUGAAGAUUUCUGCAAUAAACUCCAUCGCUCGAUUGCCAAGGAAUUCAAAUAUGCUUUGGUUUGGGGAUCAUCUGUUAAACAUCAGCCACAAAAAGUUGGAAUCGAUCAUGUUCUCAAUGAUGAAGAUGUCGUCCAAAUUGUUAAGAAAAUUUAAUUCACUGUAACUACGUACUUCCAAAAGUUAAUUUCAACCGAUAAGCAACAAUUGUUUUGGCCAGCUACAGAUAAAAGCCCUUUUUAAUGACAUGUUAAUUUUAAUGAUUAUGAAAAUGGAAUGCGAAUAAAAGUCGCUGACGAAAA